AUGGCAGACGACAAAGUUGAAGUUCGUCUUCAAAAAUUACUCAAUAAUGAAUUAUCAUUAUCAUCAUCAUCAUAUGAUAAAAAAGAUGUUAUUUCUGCUUAUAAUACUUUAAUUCAGAUUCUUCAAACACGUGACAUACGUAAACAAUUGUUUGAACAGCAUGAAUUACUUUUCCAAUGUGUAUCUCAAAUAAUUCUGACAUCAUUUAAUCAAUAUUUUCAUGAUGAUCAAUUACGUUUUUUACUUGACUUAACAUCGAAUGCAUGUCUUUUAUCAAUAUCACAAAAUCAACUCAUUGAUAGUUGGUUACAAAAUAUGGAAGAACGUACAUUUGAAAAACCGGAUAGUUAUGAUGACGAUCAUUUAUAUGAAUAUGCAACUGAAAGUGAAGACGAUGAAGCAAUAACAAGUAUUGAAAACAAUAAUAACAAAUCAGAGCAAAAUGCAAUUAAUCAACAUCAACAAAAACACACUUGUAAUGAUGAUUCAUCUCAUCAUGAUUUGAGUUCAGUGUCACCAAAUGAUAAAACACGACCAUUAACAAAUCAUCUAAAUUCUGAAUUACAUACUGUACAUGUAGCUUCAGGUGAUGGAAAAUAUAAUCGCCAAUCAUCAGGUAAUGGUAGUACAAGUCAUCGAAACAAACGAUCCGAUAGCAACAUAAAUGAAAAACGUGAUGUUGAUUCUCGGCUUCAUGAUUUUCACAUAUCUGGUGAAUAUGAUCAUAUUCAAUAUGAUUGCUCUAUGAAAAACAAUCCGUCAAACAAUGUGCAUCUUACUGAUUUAAUUCGUAAAACGAAACAAACUCGAUCGAAAUCUUCUGCAUCAAUAUCUUCUAUCGAAAUAAUUCUUUCAAAAAGAGAUCAAGGUCAAAUUCUACGAAUUUGUAAUCAAUCAACAAAAUUAAUCAAUAGUUAUCUGACAGUUCAACAACGAAAUAAAACAUUUAAAUUACUUCUUUCACGUAUAAGAAAACUUCAAAAAUUACAUGGAGAAAAUAUUUCAAUAAAGUUCUAUGAAAAAGAAUCAAUAUUUUAUUCGCUUGUUUGUCAUGUUGCACAAAAUGAUUUUCUAUUUAGUAAUGAUCAAUAUUUAGCAUUGUAUGAUUUCAAAAAUAUUCUCUUAUCACAUAAAUAUCAAUUAUUAAAUAAAGAUCGUAUCAUAUUUUGUCGACAACGUACAUUAAUACCUUUAAAUAUAAUAACAGAACAUAUUCGAACUACAUCAAAACUUCAACAAUCAAUAUUGAAUGAUUUUCUAGAACAUAUUAUUCGUUCAACAUCACCAAUAUCAACAGUUCUAUUUGAUUUAAUUCAAAAUUUACUGAAAUCAAAAUUAGAUAUAGAUAUAAUAUAUUUGGAAUAUUUUUCAAACACAAUUUUAUUUGAUAUGAAAAAAGACAUUUUUUCAAAUGAACAACUUGAUGAACUUCAUGAAUAUUGUAAUAUUCGUAUGAAACGUUUUGGAUAUAAUAAUCAAAUCCAAUUAUGGGAGGAACGUUUAAUUUUAUUUAAAAAUAAUAAUAAAAUACCAAAUGAUCCUCAUCAAUGGGUUUUAGAAUUAGACCAAGUUUUAAAUACAGAUCUUAAUAAACAAAAAAAAUUCGAAAAAAUUGGUAUUCAAAAUCCUACAUGGUAUUUUAUUAUUUUAAUGAUGACGAGUAGUGGUCGUUUAAAUAAAAAUCAAUAUGAAUGUGUAUUAAAAUCUGGUAUUCAAUCGACAUUAUUUAAUUCAAUACAAAAAUUUUAUUUUCAAUAUUAUUUAAAUCAAAUAGAACUGUUGAUAUUGUUGAAACAAUCAGAUGAUUUAAUUCCAAUAAUUGAUGAUAGUGUUCGACUUCGUUUGAUUUCUCUUGUUGAAAUGAUUUCUUCGGAUGUAACGACAUUUUCAACUGAACAAUUCAAAGAAUUACUUGAUAAAUUUCUUUAUGAAUCAACAAUUGUUCGUCCAAUACCAAAUGCUGAGAAAAAACGUUUAUUAUCGUUUUAUACUCGUUCAAUAUCAUUAAAUGAGUUGAAAACUUAUUCUCUUUCAACACAAUCAGAUUUAAAUGAUUAUAUACUAUUACUUAAAAGUAGACCAUUAAUGAAAAAUGAUAAUGUAUAUGAUUUUUUGACUGAAACAAUGAUAAAUAUAUUUAAAAAUCGAGAAAAAUUUUCCAAUGAAAAAUGUGAAGAAUUAAAAAAUUUUCUCGAAAAGAACAUUUUAGGAAAAAAACGUCAUGGUACGAUUAAUAAAGUCUAUGAAAAGUUUCGUUUAAAUAAAAGCAAUCUUAUCAUAAUUAAUCGAACUAUGCUCAAUCAAUUAUUAAAUAAUAUUCUUUUAAAAGAUUUUCAAGCUCAUUUAGAACUUAUUUAUUUAUUAGGCAAGAUUUCAUCAUCAAUCGAUGUCAAAGAGAUAACAAUUGAAUUUGAAAUAUAUCGUUCUCUUUUAACAGCAAUGAUUCUUAUUAUAAUCGAUGCUGAUUAUUCAAAUUCAUCACGUUUUAUUUUAUUACAGAAACACUUAACAAUUAUGAUAGAGACACAAACAAAUUUUUUUUCAUUACUUCUUACUGAACAACAAUAUAAACUUAUUACAUCACGUUCAGCAUCAAUAGUAACUGUUGAUACAUUAAUGAAUAUACUAAUAAUCGAUUUAAAUGAAAGUCAUUUUUCUAAUUUAAUUCAUUUUAUUCAAAAUAAAUUAAAACAAGAAACUGAUUUUACAAAGUUAACAUCUUUUUUAAUUUAUACAUUUGAUAAUGAAUUUUUGUCCAUUGAACAAACAUAUGAAUUAUCAAAUUUAAUUUUUCAACAUUCAAAAUUAGAUAAUGAAAAACUUAAACAUCUUCUUCAAUUUCUUAUCGAAUUACUUCAGUUCGGAAUACAUUCAUCACCGAAAAUUUUCUUAAAACAAAUUGAAAAACACCAAGACAAUGAUCAAACUAUUAAUCAAAUAACAAUUAUGUUAACAGCACAAUAUGGAAAAUAUGCUAUUUUCGAAUGGAUAAGAGCAAUGAUGAAUUUAUUAGAAAUUCUUUUCAAUCGAUCGAAUAAUUAUGAACAAUUAAAAGAUAUUGCUCUACAAUCACCCAUGUUUCAAAAGAGUGCAUUUAAACAACAAUUAGAAUCUUAUAUGAAAAAGACAUCAGAUGAUCAAUCUGAUGAAAAUAAAGAAUGCAAGUUUACAAAUACUUCUGUUAUUCCGAAAGAUAAUUAUCAAGAUUUUAAUUCUAUGAUCCCUUGUAAAUUGUAUUAUCAUUUGAAAUGUGAUGAUGCAUCAAUGAAUGCACAUGCCACAGAACAAUUACGUGCAUUUCUUGUUAAUGAACAACUUUCAUCGGAAAUUUUACUUUCGGAAUUUUUUCAAGCUCUUAAAUACAUAUUUCGAAAUUCUCAAAAAUUUCCUGAUGUAUCACUUGAUGAAUGGGCAAUAUUGAUUGAUAAAAAUCGUGGAAAAAUCUUUUCAAAUGAUGCUCAAUGUGAUCAGUUAUUGAUGGAUAUAUUUUUUGCUCAUCUUAAAAUGCCGACGGAUACAUUCAAUUUAAUAAAUCGUUUAAUUCAAUCAAACAAUAUUUCUCAACGAUAUUAUGGCCUUAAAAAAUUGCUUUUACUUUUAAACAAUACACAAAUAGAUUACCAAGAAAACAUUCAAGCAAAGAAUUUAUCAACAAUAUCAAAUCAAUUUUAUAAUACAAUAACUCAUGUUGUAUUCAAUGAAAAAUUCAGUACUCAUCAAGUACGACAAUGUGUAACAGCAGCUAAAAAUUCUUGGCUAUUAAAUACUUCUGCUAUUCCAAAAAAUAAUAAUAAAAUCAAUACUUCUAAUGUACAUUGUGAAUUGUUUCGUCAUUUGGAAUCUGAUGAUGCAUCAAUGAAUGUACUUAUCAUACGACAAUUACGUGGAUAUCUUGUUGAUAAACAACUUUCAUCGGAAAUUUUACUUCCGAAAUUUAUUCAAGCUCUUCAAUUUAUAUUUGGAAAUUCUCAAAAAUUUCCUGAAGUAUCAUUGGAUGAAUGGACAACAUUGAUAGCUAAAAAUUGUGGAAAAAUCUUUUCAAAUGAUGCUCAAUGUGAUCAAUUAUUAAUGGAUAUACAUUUCGUUAGUUGUAAUAUACCAACGGAUACAUUAAAUUUAUUAAAUCGUUUACUUCAAUCAAAGAAAGCUCAUGAACGACAUGAUGGUCUUAGUAAAUCACUUUUACUUUUAAAAAAAUACACAAAUAAAUUGCGAAAAAAGUCCAAUAAAGAAUUUUCCAACAAUAUCAAAUCAAUUUUAUAA